GCCUCUGACGCUUAUGAUGUCAAUGUUUCUGCAAUUUGUCACUGUCUUCUCAUCGACUGAACUGAUGAUUGGGUUCAAACAAUGAAAAUUAAUCUGGUACUUUAGACACCUCGGAAUUAGCAGUUCAUCAUGUUUGGCGCAUGGUGCUUAUAUUGGUUUCCUUGUGUGUAAUGGUAGAUAAACUGUGACGUCUUCUCCACGUCUUCUUGUUACCGUUGUGUUCACAACCUGCAUCAUGGGCAAGUUACAGGACUUCUGUAUACGACUUGACAACUCCAGGACGGUGUACACGUCGGGGGAAGUGGUGUCGGGGAUGGUUGUCGUUACCAUUAGCGAGCCCAUGAAAAUGAGAGGGAUACGAGUGACCUUUCAAGGCAAGGCAGGGGUCAACUGGAAGGAGACGGCCAACCAGGACGACGACGACAGUAAGAAGACCGUCGUUGUCCACUUCAACGCAGAGGAGAUCUACAUCAACGAGAGGAAGCUGCUAUGGGGGGAAGAUUCUGACAAGGACUUCUCGGCAUUCCUCCCUGCCGGGCAUUAUGAGUUCCCGUUCAGCGUCCCCCUCCCUAAAAACCUCCCAUGUUCCUUUGAGGGAGACCAUGGCUGCGUCAACUACAAGGUCAAGGCCACAAUAGACAAGCCGUGGAAAAGAGACCACAACGUCAAGAUGUUCUUCACCGUACUCGGCAUGUACGACCUCAACGACGACCCACACGCCAGUGAGCCCAUCAUGCACUCUGCUGAACAGACCGUGUGUUGCGGGUGCUGUAAAGCCGGCUACUUCUCACUAAACUACCACAUCGACCGCCGCGGGUUCGUCCCCGGAGAGGAGAUCCCUAUCAUGGUGGAGGUGAAGAACAAGUCGAACAGCAGACUCCUGUCCGAGGUCAAGUUCAAAAUGGUGACGACGUAUUUCGCCCAUGAUGACUCCAAGAAGCAGGAGGAGGAACUGGACAGGUUCGACAUGGACCCCGUAUCCCCUAAUAGCUCGGGGGUGCUGAAGACCACGGUAGAUAUCCCGCCUACACCACCCUCACAUCUCAUGGGCUGCAACAUCAUCGACGUGGACUACAUUGUCAGGUUGAAAAUAGCACCUGACGGCUGCAACUGUGACAGCAUCGAGUUCCACGACGAGAUACUCAUCGGCACAAUCCCACUACGUCACGUGGUGGCCCGGAUGCUAGGUGGAGAAGGAUUAUUCAACCUAACAGGUGACCUCGAGCAAACCAAUCUUCCCUCACCGGGUGCGACGCCAUUUCCAUGCAACGGCACGUCGGGGUCGGCAGCCACGCCCAUUCAGAGCCCAGGUUCUCUUACUGUGCCAGCAACAACGUCCGGCAUCGCCAGCAUAGCAAUGCCACCGCCUGUGUAUGCCAAAUGCGCCCACAUCAAAAGUAGCAAGCUAGAUGACGACGAUGUAGCGACGUCGGGAGAUGCGUUCACGCCUCAGUAUACGUUCUACAACUGGAAGCAGCUUGUGGCCCGGAUGAAGCAGCAGGCUUGUGAUCCACCACGUGACCAGGUGAUAGUGAGGGACGAGACAGACGUCAGUGUCAACACAAACGUUGUCACUGAAAACAGCGCAACACCGGAACGAGAACAUCCUAAUGGUUCUGGAACUUCAGAAAGUGAAGUGAAGGUUAAGCUAAAUUCUAUACAAGACACAAACAUGACCGUGCGCUUCGACACUACUUUGCAUGAACUAAACACAGAUGACGACGAGAUACUAUAGAGUGGAUAUAUAUGUUCAUUGCCAAUGUGGCCUGUUGCAUGGUAACGAUGUUAAGCAACUGAGGAAGAAAACAAUAUCCAGUCAACAAUCUUAACGGUCAUAUACCGAUGACCUGGUACUCUGUUGACGUAUAAAAAUGAAGGUCAGUCCCGUGCAGGAUAUUUGCACAGUUGUCGAUCUGCAUUUAUAUGUUAUAAGCUACUGAUUAUGGAUAACCAAACAUGUAACGAAAACAAACCCGCACCAACACCACCCCACCCCAACUCCCGUACUUGACAUUUUGACCUCAAAUGUUAAUGUAGACUUGUUUGUUCUUCCACAAUGACAAGCCAUGUUGGAUUCUGUCGAAACAGUGUUAUUUACAACAACAACAAAAAACAACAACAACAAAACUAUUUUUAAGAGCCUCAACACAAUUAGAAUGCAUCAUAGCGGCCCAGACCAUGUGCACCAAGCUUACCUUGUCCCUUUGUCUCACUAUGUAUUGCAAGCUGACUUACAACCGGGGAGGUACUCAACAAGUUAAAGCAAUAUUCCAGCUAUAUGGUGCACAGGCCCUCGUGUGUU